AGUUAAAUUUUUCCUGGAGAUUGACAACAUAGAAAAGCAUUGGAACAUAGGAAUUUGAAAGAGGUUGACAACAGAGAAAAACAUUGGAAUGGAGAAAUUUGAGAGGUAGAAGACUGAGUAUCAGUGGAGAAGAUCGAAUUUAGGGUUAUGAUAAAAAGGAUGGAUGUUGAUGAAGGUCAUGUUGAUUCUUUCUGGAAGGAGGAAAUUAGUGAGAAGGUUCAGAGUCCUAUGACAAAGAAAAGGAAAUAUAGGAAAAAGAAAAAGGAGUAUGAUGGAUGGGGAUCAACUUCCCUUAUUCGGUUUCUUGAAUCCAUUGGCAGAGACACAAGCAACCAGAUGACUCAAAGUGAGGUGGCUAAGAUUGUCAAUGAGUAUGUUAAGCAGAAUGGCCUUCAUCAUCCUACAGAAAAGAAAAGAAUUGUGUGUGAUGAGAGGCUUCAUUUGCUGUUCAGAAGGAAGGCCAUUAGCCGAUUGAAAAUUAAUUACCUGCUUGAAUCACACUUUGCUGAGAACUGUGAAGAAUCUUCUGAUGAUAUUUUUUCUAACUCGGAAGAUGAUGUGUAUGAAACCCCGAAAACGACAGGUUCAGAGAGGAAGAGUCAUCCGAAGAUACCGUUUAUGGAAAAACCAAGGAGCUGUUUUGCUGCCAUCAUUCCUAACAACAUCAAACUUGUUUAUUUGAAGAAGAGUCUAGUUGAGGAGCUUCUACUGGACCCUGAAACUUUUGAGACUAAAGUAGUUGGAAGCUUCAUAAGAAUCAGACGUGACCCAAAUGACUACCUUCAGAAAAAUCCAUUCCAGCUUCUGCAAGUCACAGGUAUAAAGAAGAGCUCUGGAGUGGAUGGGGAAAUUCUCCUACAAAGCUCUGGUUUCAUCAAAGACAUCAGCAUUCACAUGCUUUCAGAUGUUAACUUCUCUGAGGAGGAGUGUGAGGAUUUGCAGCGAAGAGUAAAAGACGGCUUGCUCAAGAGACCUAUGGUUGUAGAUAUAGAGCAGACAGCAAGAGUAUUACAUGAGGAUAUGACUAAGCAUGGGCUGCCAAGAGAACUCGAUCGGUUACAAAAUCUUAUUGAUCGAGCUAAUGAAAAGGGUUUGCAUAGAGAACUGGAUGAAUACCUACAAAAAAGGGAGAAACUUCAGAGUCCAGAAGAACAGGAACGUUUAUUGCAUGAAAUUCCUCAAGUUAUUGCAGAUGAUCUAGAAUCUGAACGUAAAACACCAAUUGUUCCAGAGAUAAAAAUAAAAAAGGAUUUGAUUACCAGUACAAAAGCAUCUUCAGUGUCUAAGGUCCCAAAAGCAGUUGCAGAUGGUUUUGUAUCCAAGGCUACAAAACUGGAUAUGGCUGAUCAUGUAAAACAAGAAAACAAAUCCCCUAAGUCAAUUGUCAGUCUGGAUAGAGCAUCAGAAGUUCCUCUUUUCAAUAUGGCAGUGGACGGCACUUUGUCGAAUUGCAUAUCUGGUGACACUGCUGCAGGCUUUAUACAACCCCCAUUGUGGCAAAGCAAAAAGACGGAGUGGCCUGUUUGCACGGAUGAACACGUAAAGCUCCGAACACAAAUGGAAUCACCCAGAGAAAUGGACACUUCAAAAAGCAAAAUGAGUAAUUUUAUUUAUUCAGAAUCGUCUUCUUUUAGUGAGAUGGACACUUCAAAGAGUGACUAUGAUAACGAACAAACAAAGAUGCCAGUAAUUGUGAAUAAGGAACAAGAUGGAUAUGAGCCAAAAAUUGGAAUGAUAUUUUCAAAUGAAGAUGAAGCUUAUGAUUUUUAUAAUGAUUAUGCUAAAUUUGUUGGCUUUACUGUGAGAAAAUCAAAAUAUCGUAGAUUCGCAGAUGGAAGCAUAAGCCAAAGGACAUUUGUUUGUGGAAGAGAAGGGUAUAGAAAGUUGAAGGACCCUUCACAUGUGAACAAGAAAAAUAGGAGAGAAACAAGAACGGGUUGUCAAGCUAUGAUAUGUUUCAAAAUUGAGAAGGAUGCUUGGGUUGUUUAUAAAUUCAUUCCAAAUCAUAAUCAUGAUCUUGUGAAAUCAUGUGCAAGAGCUAUGUUAAGAUCACAAAGGCAUGUAAAUGAAGCAUAUGCUAAUAUGAUUGAAGAUAUGGACAAUCCUGGUGUAAAACCAUGUAAGGUGUUUUCAUAUUUUGUUGAAGCUGCUAGAAGAGUGGAAAAUGUUGGAUUUUUGAAAUCUGAUUGCCUACAAAGUGAAAGAAGCAAAAAUCGUAACGCAGGAGAUGCACAAAGUGUUAUAAAUCAUUUCAGAAGUUCACAAGCAAAUGAUCCGGCAUUCGUCUAUACAAUGCAAGUAGAUCAUGAAAACCGCAUGACUAAUUUUUUUUGGAGAGAUGGGAUAUCAAGGAUAGAUUAUAAUCACUUUGGAGAUGUAGUUAUUUUUGACACAACCUACCGAACAAACAAAUAUAAUAUGGCUUGCGCACCUUUCAUUGGGGUAAAUCAUCAUAAGCAAAGUGUUUUGUUUGGUUGUGCUUUCUUGUUUGAUGAGACAACAGAGUCAUUCAUUUGGCUAUUUGAAUCUUUUUUGGAAGCAAUGGGAGGGCUGCAACCUAAAACAAUUUUUACUGAUCAAUGUCAAGCAAUGGCCAAUGCUAUUAAAAGAGUUCUUCCUGAAUCUCAACAUCGACUUUGCUUGUGGCAUAUUGGUCAAAAUGCAGCCAACCAUCUUUCUUAUUAUUUGGGAAAUUCUGACUUCAAGGUGUUAUUUAAUAGGUGUCUCUACAAUUGUGGAUCAGAGAAAGAAUUUGAAGACGUGUGGACCCGUUUACUUACAAAAGUUGAUAUUUCAAAAUGCUCAUGGUUGAAGAAAAUUUAUGACUUACGAGCAAAUUGGUGCCCAGCAUUUAGUAAAAAUUAUUUUUCAGCUGGCAUCUUAUCAACACAAAGAAGUGAGAGUAUGAAUAAUGUUUUCCGCACUGUCACUUGCAAGACAAUGUCUCUUACUCAACUUGUACUUCGUUAUGAAAUUUUUUUGGAGCGUAGACGUUGUUCAGAAUUGCAAAAGGACUUUGAAUGCAAUCAAUCUACGCCUCCUAGAGUAAAACAACUUACAGGUAUGGCUGCACAAGUUGCACGGGUAUAUACUCAUGUUAUUUUUGAAGAAUUCUAUGAAGAAUUGUUUGAAUCUUUAUCCGUGGCAAUUGAAAAAAUCAAUGAAAGUGGUACUUUCUUUUGUUACAAGUUGGUUAAAUCUGGUGAUGACAAACAAUAUUUUGUGACAUUUGAAUCUGCGAAUUGCUUGGUUGAAUGUAGUUGUAAAAUGUUUGAAUCUGUUGGUCUCCUGUGUCUUCAUGCAUUGAAAGUACUUAAUUUUCACAAUAUUUUUCAUAUUCCUUCUCAAUAUAUCUUGAAGAGGUGGACAAAAGAUGCUAAAGAUAGUUUUAGUAUAAGUGACAAUGGAAAACAAGCUUGUGAGGUUUCAAGACAAGGAAUUAAUCUACGUAUGAGCCAAAUAAUGAGAAAGGCCAUUUAUUUUGCAACGAAGGGUGCAUUGACAAAUGAGACAACCAAAAUGGCUGAAGAUCACUUAGAGCAAGGGAUAAAAAGCUUGGAGAGGAUGUUUAAAAAUAUUUGUAUGAUGGAUACAACUGAAGUUGAUGAUAAAAUUAGUGAUGAAGAGAAAGAUGAGCACAAUAAAUUAUUAGAUCCACAAUGUGUUCAAGCAAGGGGAGUUACAAAUGCUAGACUCAAAAGUCAGUUGGAAAAGAAAAGGUGCAAGAGAAAUGUAUCACAAGCUCAUAAUAAAUCCCAAGGUGCUAGUACAUCCAAAUCUCCAAGACAUAAUCAUGUUUAUAAAGGCAAAGCUUCAAGAGUCAAAGAUUUUAGCACCUCUUCUACACCUCCACCAACUUUUUGUUUUCCAUCUCUCUCUCAAGUGUCAAGUGCUAAUGUAGCUCCACCUGCAUUUUGUUUUCCAUAUAUGUGUCAAGUGCCAUAUACACAGGACCCUAAUAUAGGAGUAGCGGGUCUUGAUUGUUCAUAUGAUUCACAAUCGAGCAUCCAAGAGAUGGUUCAUUUAAAUUCAAGUGCUCAGAACCUCAAUGGCAAUUUUGCUACUCAAAAAAUUGAUUGAGGAAUGUCUAGCCUCAUGUGCAAGCUUCACCAUCUAUAUGUCAUUAGGAGUAAAUCUCGUGUAACAAUCUUUCAUUGAUCAUGCUCUUAAAAAUAUGGCAUGCAAUGACAAUUUAUUUUAAAAAGUUGUAUGAAUCUGUAACUCUAGCUUAAAGAAAUUUUUUUUUAUGUAAUUACCGAGUCGCAGUUUUGGACUAGUUCAUAUAUUGUGAAUUUUUUCUGUGUAACUUAACACAUGGUAACAGGAAAUUGUU